AUGAAUGUUAAAACUCGAAGGAAAAAAGUCAAAUGCCCCAAUGGAUAUACUGGGACAGGAUGUGUAUUACAAUGUGAAUACCCUAGCUAUGGAGAAAGAUGUCAGUAUGAGUGUAGAUGUGAAUCUGCAUUAUGUGAUCCAGCCAAUGGAUGCUACGUUUUAACAACAGAAUAUAGCUUAAUUCUUGAGGAUCAGAGAUCCACAGUGAAUUUUCAACAGUACACUACACUAAAAAAUCUAUAUGAAUAUCAAUCUAUCACAAGUUCACAAAUGAACAUUAGCAUUCACCCUCAAUUGGUCGCUGGAUCCUACCAAGCUGUUUUAAUUGCCAGUGUAUCUUCAAUCGUGUUGUUUGCUUUCGUAGUAAGUGUUUUAAUAUGCCUUCGAAAUGUCAAACUACAAAACUGGAUGACAACAAAUACUGCUAAUACACAUGAAUCAGGUAUCGCAACAGUUGAAGAGGGUUUAAGGAAUAUGCAAGAAGAAAACAGACAUUUAAAUUCAUUCGAAUCUCAAGAUUUUCCAUUUGUGAAUGAACAAGUUUCUUCUUUGUAUGAAGAAAUAAAAGAAAAUUCCCCUGGACAUGAAAAGAAAGCUGAACAUAUUUACUUACCCAUUUCAGAAAAUGAAGAACUGAACGAUGACCGAGUUAAUGAUAACGAUAUGGAUAGUUACAUAUCACCAGUGAAUGUACUGGUAGACCACAAGCGACAUAUUACUGGUUCAAAACUAUAUGAGGGUGGAUAUAUAACACCUAUAUAA